CUUCAUAACGUCUUCGACGUGUUGACGUCAUUUUCGGGGCGGGGCUAUAUAGGCUUGUUUUCCAGCGUUACGGUUUCAAAGAGCUCCAUUUUGUGAAAGCUGUUGAACCCGAGCACUGUCCCAGUGAAAAGGCGAAAUCUAUAAACGACAAAAAAAGUCAAAGUUAGCCGACGAACCUCUCGAUAACCAAGUUAGUAUCCGAAAGGAAAGCAAAUCUUAUCGUAUGUCCGAUAUCCAGAACCUCCAAACUUUUGACCCCUUUGCUGAUGCAACUAAGGGUGAUGACCGCCUCCCAGCUGGGACAGAGGACUAUAUCCACAUAAGAAUCCAACAGCGGAACGGCAGGAAGACCCUCACCACUGUCCAGGGCAUUGCCACCGACUAUGAUAAGAAGAAGCUAGUCAAGGCCUUCAAGAAGAAGUUUGCUUGCAAUGGGACAGUGAUUGAGCACCCAGAGUAUGGUGAAGUGAUCCAGCUUCAGGGAGACCAACGCAAGAAUAUCUGCCAGUUCCUCAUUGAGAUUGACCUGGCCAAGGAGGAGCAGCUCAAAGUCCACGGCUUCUAGAAGCUGCUAGCAGCCCUCUCCCAUUAAACUCCCUCUCCUCCUAUGUGCUGCUGUUCCUCUUCCUUCCCCCUCUCCCCCCUUGCAACCCCACCAGCUCAUGUUAGCUAACAAAUACCUCUGACAAAUAUGGGAUUCUGUAACACCAACACCCCCCUACAACACCAGGGGGCAGGCUCGCUCUCGCAAAGACACACCACUGCAGCUCCACACAUCAGGGAUGAGUGGUGAUGACCCUCCCACACACUUCUCCUUCCUUUUCCCCUGUUUAUUUCCUUUUUUUAAUUUCCUCUUUUUAGGUCUUGUGCCACAACAAAAGAGGCACUGUUUCAUGUAACUUUUUUGUUUUGUACUUAAAGGUGUUUCAAUAAAACGUUGAGUCUCCAUAUGUUGGAGUGGUGUCAUGGGAAUGGGGGCUGGGUAUGUACAAGGUCACCGGCUUUAAAACUAUUCACUGCUGAAGUGGGUACACCGGUUCAAAAUUAACUUUUGUUCACUGCCCAACUGGCUAGUGAAUUGUUCAAAUUUUGCCAGCCAUGGAGUACGUGUUUUGGCAGAGUGAAACACAUCUACCAGCCACUUGCAUAUUUUACUAGCUGGCUGUUGGAUUGUGCUCAUUUUGAACCCUGUGGGCACAUAGAGGCAGACAGGCUACAGUUAGGAGGUGGGGACAAGGAUUUUUGUUUAGGAAUCUGCUGAAAAGUAGUCAGUAUUUUGCUAGUAUAAGAAGCCUCUCUCUUCAGUCAGCUAGAAUAUCCCACUCGCACUGUAUGCCUGUCCAGCUACCUGCUUGCAGGUUACAGAGCAGAAGUUGUGUGAAGUAUGGACUACCUUCACCACCCCAUCCAGAAAAUUGGUUUUCAUCUAUCAUUUAAUUUUUUUUGCUGCCAAUCAAAGUAUUAAAACUAAAUGUGGAAGGCUGACUUGGUUUACUAAGUUAUCUGGUGCAUCAUCCAGAGUGGGAAGCAAAGUACUGGUAAUAUUUGGCUGUUUAAGUGAGAUUUGAAGAUGGUAACCUUGCAUAUAAUUUUGAAUAUACUUGUCAAUUAAGUGAUGUCCUCCUCUGGCAUGUGACCAGCUUUUUAGUGUGGUCUGAAAAAACACCUGUUACCACACCUAUGGUUAUGGACACUUGAUUCUUAAAUUUCCUACAAUGCAAUAAUUUAUCAAGUUAAAAUGUAGUGAUGCUGAAGUAAUACAGUAAAAAUCAAAGCCAUGGCCAGGUUGCACUGUGUUCUUGUGACAGGGUGAUUGAGAGCAAGUCUGUUUUGCAAAAUCCACAUUUGGUUCAAUAAAAUGUCUGCAGUUGA